GUCAAUUGUCAAACCUCUCGAUAUUAAAAGAUCGAACGUCUCAGUCUAUUUUUUGUUUUUGUAUAAUUCUAACUAAAAUGCAAUAUUAAAAAAACUAUGAUGAACCAUUAUGUGAUUUUUUAAUCAUUGAUUAUUGUAAUGGAUUUGAUUAUGAAAUUGAACGUGCCUCAACGAGAAAAGCUCAUAGUAUUGUAGUCGAUUCAUUUUUUGUUGAUGGCCGAUGAGUCGAUUUUGAUUUGCUUUCCGAGGCCGAGCGCCGAGUCCACGAUAACCUCAAUGUCAAUAUUAUGACAAAACUUAGUUUCUGAUUAUCUUCAUAUAUAAGCCUAUUUCUAUUAUAAUAAUUUCUUGCAGAAGUUUUUCAAGUGAAAAUGAUAUGUCGACGCAAUUAUAAAGUGAACCAAAUUGAAAAAUGUGGUAUGGUAUUUUAUUUAGGUUCUUUCGUAGGAAGAUCGUAUUAGGCAUAAUUUUUGGUCUUUCAUUAACAUACUGCAUUCUGAGUUUUGUUUUUGAGCAAGAUGUGUCGACCUACAACGACUCAUCCCUGAAAUCUAUGCAAGUGAAGAAAAUAGAUGACUCAUUUCUAUGGGACCCAAUUGUCGAACAUGAAAAUGAAACUGAUACCAGCUUAUUCUCCUGUCGUAAUUCUGUUCAAGGAAAAUUAUUGAUCGUUGAUGAUAGAGGAUUUAUAUGUUUGAGAUCCGAAAUAUUAUCGAAUGGAUGCUGCAAUUCACAAGGAGAUGAAGUCAUCGAAAGGUAUUCGUGUAAAACGUGUAAAGAGAAUGGUUGCUGUCAAGUGUACGAACAUUGUGUCUCUUGCUGUCUUCAUCCUGAUAAGAGGGCUCUGCUUCAAAAUAUGUUGGGAAAAGCUGGGGAUACGCUGCACAUUCUGCUGGCAACAGUUACUGACCGAUUCGAACUGUGUUUGGCCAAGUGCCGCACUAGCUCCUCCAGUGUCGAACAUGAGAACUCGUACAGAGACCCCUUAGCCAAGCACUGCUACGGUGAGAUCCCUCCAACUUCCUCUGACAAUCAAGUCAUUCUAUAACUAGACAAGUGAUGAAUGUCCUCAAUACGGGCAUUCAAUGUCAUUUAAGAUCUGAUUGUUUUAAAAUUAGUUUUACUACAAAUAAAAUAAGUUUUGUUAUUA